AUGGAAGAGAGAAUUGCACAUCCUGAUAAAUACGUUGAUGAUGAACCUAAGCCUCAGUUUGAGGAUCCAACUCUUUAUCAUUAUGCUAUGUUUUCAGAUAAUAUUAUUGCGGUAUCAGUUGUGGUAAGAUCAGUGGUAAAGAAUGCAGAAGAGCCAUGGAAACAUGUUUUCCAUGUUGUUACCAAUAGGAUGAACCUGGCAGCAAUAAAGGUUUGGUUUAGGAGGCGGCCCUCGAAGGAGGUGCCCAUAUUGAGCUGA